AUGGGCCGGUCUCACGCCAAAAACAACACCACCCAGUCCACCCUCACCUACUACGAACGGUCCCUCCUCCGCAAAGAAAGCGGCGCUCGUCGACUCGGAGGCGAGUCUUUCAAACCCCUCGACUCUUGCUACCUCUGCCUCUCUCAAGUGACCGAUCCCGUUGCUUGCCCUCAAGGACAUAUCUACUGCCGCGAAUGCUGCUUGUCAAACCUGAUCAGUCAGAAAGCGGGCAUUGAGGUGCAAAAGCGCGAAAUGGAGCGGUGGGAGGAGAAGGAGAGGCAGGAGAGGGAAGACGCCAAGGCGAGGGCUAGGGACAGGGUGGUGUUGGAUUUCGAGAAGAAUAUGGCACUGGGAGGAACAAGUGGACGGGGUCUGGUGAGGAACGAGGAGAAGAAGGAAGGCGGGGACAGUGUUGGAAGCAAGUUCAAAUUGGACGGCAGUAUCGUCGAAAAGGCGACUCAGGAAGCGGAAGAGAAGGCUAUGAGGGUGUUGGAGGAGGAGCAGGCGGAAUCUAGGAAGGCCAAGCUGGCGGCAUUCUGGCUGCCGAGUCUGACGCCUGAGAGCAAGGUGAUUCCGGUGAAGGAUAUCAAGCUGCAGACGUUGUGCCAUGCGGGAGCUCAUCCUCAUCCCAUCGCCCGCAAAACACUCCUUCCAGUCAUCCUCACCUACUCACCAGACUCCAAGUCCAAACCCAUCUGCCCCUCAUGCUCCAAAGAACUCUCCAACAACAACUCCUCCUUCCUCCUCUCCUCCCGCUCUCCUCUCACUGCCUCGAACGGAGACGCCGAUGGCGACGAAGGAAGAAAGAAGAAGAAGCAAAAGAAGGACAAGGAAGAUCCGUUAGUCUGUGGGCAUGUCGUGUGUUCAACAUGUACGGAGACGAUAGUGAAACCCCAGGGGAGAUGUUCAGUGUGCGAAGCGAAGGUGGAAGAGAAGGGACGGAUACCGCUCGGCAAGGAAGGGACUGGGUUUGCGGCUGCUGGAGGAGCAGAGAUCAAGAAGAAUGUUACUGCCUUUAGAGUGUAA